CAAGACGAGACUCACGAUCCCCAAAGACGUGACGGCCGCCCUUCCACUUCCACUACACCAUGGUUCAGUUGGUUCAGUUCUACAGCAAGCCAACAGACCAUGAUUAUGCGAGUUGCCGGAACUUGUAAUCAACGAAUGCCGUUGACCCGCGGCUCCGAAGACGCACUUUCACAUUCAGUUCCGUACAACAAGCACUUGACUGGAACGACUCGCUAUGCUUCGAUCAACACUCACCUUGGUGUUGAGCAGUGCUGUCCUGACGACAUGGAGUCUCUUGGCCACUAAUCCCCGUUCACUUCUUCUUGGUCGAGCGGCACAGGGCCGCCACCGUCCA